GACAUUACACAUUUGCAUACAUGCUUCUAAUUCAACUGCGGUGAAGUCGCACAGAAAGAAGCGACGAGUUCUCUGCAUCAAUUAAUCAAUCUGUCAAACGCUUUUUUUUUUUCUUAGUCCAAAUUUGAAUUUGUUGAACUAGAUGUGGGAAUAAUUUAAUUCUUUGUAUACUAAAUUUUUUCUAAUAUGUCUGGAUUUGUAGAGGGAGAAUUGAUCAUGUCUUGUGAGCCAUAUGCUCAUGUUUUAAACAAUGAAUUCAAGGGUAAAUUCUGUGAUUUUUGCAUCAAACAGAAUAAGGGUCUUAAAAAAUGCGCGCAGUGUUCAUUUUCUUAUUAUUGUGAUAAAAAUUGUCAGGUCAAAGCUUGGAACUUGCACAAAUUAGAAUGUAAAUUUAUUAAAAUUUUUGAAGGUGAGAAACCAUAUUUUUUAGCCCGUCUAAUCGCACUUAUUUUAUUAAAAAUUAAGAAACAUGGCUCUGAUGAACCAUUUGUGGAGGUAGAUGGCCGAAAAGUAUCGAUGGCAUCUCUUAUGUCCCAUGCCGAUGAUAUUAAACAAGAUCCAGUGGACAGUCAAACUGUAAAAGAUUUGUUUAUCACUCUUCAAAGGUACAUUGGCUCUAGUAAUAUGUCUUCUCUCGAAUAUUUAACUGAAAUAUAUGGAAAAACAGUGAUCAAUUCUUUUAGUAUUUGUCAUGAAAUGCAGUCAAUAGGAUGGGGUCUUUACUUAGGUGCUUCCAUUUUCGAUCAUUCUUGUGAUCCUAAUGCUGUUCAAAUCUUCGACGGAACUAUUUUAAGUGUGCGGAUGAGAAAAAAUGUUCCUCAUCGAGAUCUCAAACAGGUUUACAUUUCAUAUCUCAAUGAAAUACUGUUAACGGAAGAAAGACAAAAGAUGCUAUGGGAAAAGUAUUACUUUCACUGCAAAUGCUCAUGUUGCACCGACCCUCAAAGAGAUUACUUGAUGACCAGGCUUUUAAAAGACUCUUUUGAAACCAAAGAGGAGGCAUUGAAGUGUGAAGAAGCAUUUAAAGAAAAGGAGAAAUUGUUUCCAGCAUUGAUGGAUGUCAAUCCAAAACUAGUUUAUGACAUGUGCCAAAUUUUACUUAAAGAUCAGUCUAAAGUCUUAGCAGAUACAAAUAUUUACCGAGUUAGGACUCUGCAAUUUGCACUUGAUGCUUGCCUGAAACUAGGUGCUUUGGAAGAUGCACUUACAGUGGCAUCUUGUUUAGAAGAGCCUAUUAAACUGUAUUUAGGUGUAAAUAAUCCUUCAUUGGGAGAUUUUUUAUUCAACUAUGGAAAAUGUUUACAUACCUGUGGCUAUCGUACAGCUGCUGUUUCUAAGCUGUCUGAGGCAGAGACUAUUUAUAAAGUUGCAUUCGGAGUACAACAUCCACUUUAUACAUAUGUUAAAAAUGCUUUACAAUUUGCUACGCUUGUGUGAUUGAUUUUAAAAUUGAAAAGUUUUACCUACAAAUGUUGAGUUCCUAGGUUGAAAUACUUGAGCAAUACUAUUUUUAUAUUACUUUUCUUUAAAUAGAAAAGAAAAAAUGGCUUUGUAAUGUGGGAAAUAGUGUAUCUUGAAGUUCGUAAAAUGCUAGGAUGUGGACUAAUGCUGAGAUGGUUGAACUCAAUAGGUAUUUGUUACAAUCAAUAUUAAUCUCGCCCAGAAGAAACCUAUCUCUUCCAGGAAUCAAAAAGA